AUGAAGGCUGUCCGUUACAACUCCACAUCACCAAAGGCUCCUAGGCCAGAGGAGCCACUGAGCAAGAAAGACCUUCAGACACUCGAACGCAUCCUCCGUGUCGACCAAGCCGGUGAACUUGGCGCAAACGCAAUCUACCGCGGUCAAUAUGCCGUCCUCCGCAAGGAUCCAAAAGUUGGACCUGUGAUUGAGCAUAUGUGGGAGCAGGAGAAGCAUCAUUUGAAAACAUUCGAUGGACUCAUCGCCAAGCAUCGUGUCCGACCAACGGCGUUGACGCCACUAUGGUACGCAGGAGGAUGGGCGAUGGGUGCAGUCACGGCUGCUAUGGGUGUCAAAGCCGCCAUGGCAUGUACGGAGGCUGUGGAGACUGUCAUUGGUGGACACUACAAUAAUCAGCUACGAGACACGAUGCAUCUUGAUAACUCGUCAAAUGAGUUGACAGAGCUGCGGAAGACGCUGAGACAAUUCAGAGAUGACGAGCUGGAGCAUCUCGAUACGGCGGUAAAUGACUGGGAGGCAAAGGACGCUGCGGGACAUCCGAUAUUGACGGCGGGGAUCAAGGGGAUUUGUAAGGCGGCUAUUUGGGUGAGCGAGAGGGUAUGA